GUAUGCCGGGGACAAUUUUUGACAUCAUAUAAGUACUGGUAUGAUCUGUCCAUCCUUUUUUUAUUGUAAUAUAAUUGUUAAAAUACUAAAAUCACUUAUCAAUAAUUCUUGAUAGGUUAAUGCCUUAAUACAAACAUAACUUAGGACAAACUUAAACGCAACUGUUAAAAUAUAUAAGAAACUUACCAUUUAAAAAUUCCAAAUAAUAUGCUCAAAUUAUGUCUAUUAUGUCACCGCCAUUAAAAAGAAUACCAGUAGAAAAUUAGUAUACAAGAAGCCUUGAAAUAAUUAAUACUCUAUUUUUGUAAUUAUUUGAUAUUAAUGGAAUUAAUAUAAUUAUAUAAUGUCAUUGUAUCUCUUUUUUGCUUGGCUUUAUUAGCUCUUGUAGAAGGAUCAUUAAAAAGUACACUUUAAUCGAUAGGCUAAAGUUAAUUUUCAUAAUGACAAUUUUUCAAAAUUACAGGUCCUGCUAUAUUAGCAAUGCGUCCAUGCCCAACAGUUCCCAACUACGCUAAAUGUCACGCACGUCAACUUUGACGUUAACAAUAAAUGUCAAUCAACGACAUCAAUUUUAAUUAGUCGCUGAGAUAUUACGUUUUUUUUUGUAUUAUCUAUAAAAUUUAAAUGGUCUUAUAAAAACAGUGUUAUGAUGUAUUUAAACAAAUAAUUGAAUAAUGGAUUCCGUUUCUAAGGACACACACCACCUAAAUAAUGGAAGAACUGCUAAGAAUUCUGAAAAGGUUAGGAAUUUAAGCCCCGUUAAAGUUCCACUUUUCGUAUAUUUUGCAUGAAUUAUGAACUUCUUAUUUGAUAAAAUGUUUUCUACAAUAAAUUUGCACCUAUCCUUGACUUUUAUGUUGGCUAAUUAUUAGUUUAAUAUGCCUAUUUGUUGAUUAUUAAAUUUUAUUUCAAAUAAUGAUAUGAUGUAUGUAUAAGUUAUGAUAAUUCAUUAAAAAGAAUUUAAAAUAUUAUUUUAUGAGUAUAUAGAAACCAAAAUAGUUUGUACAUAGUCAAAAUACCAUGGCUAAGUCUUUUAAAAUGUUUUAAAUACCACAUUAACAAUUACUACUUAUUAUAGUUUAAAAAAAAAUCUUGUGAUGUUUCUCUUUGCAUAAUGCGCCGAUGGAGUAAUCAUGUCCCUAAUUUAGUAAAUAAAUGAAUAACCAAGAAAGGUGCAUUUUUUGUAUCCUAUUUAUAUUUAAGGACAAUGAAGACUCCAUGCAGAAUGAUAUCGGAUACAAACACGCUAUAGAAGAAGACUUCAAACAACCAACCAGUGUAUAUGUUCAUCUGGAGAUUGAUAUAAUAUGUACAGGUCUUCUAAUAAUUGCAUUAGCUACAAGGUUAUAUAACUUAAAUGAACCUAAUUAUAUUGUGUUUGAUGAGUUACACUAUGGUCGUUAUGUGUCAUUGUAUACUAAAGGGGUUUUCUUCUUUGAUGCUCAUCCACCUUUGGGCAAACAAUUACUAUACUUAGCGGGCCGCUAUGCAGGAUAUGAUGGAAACUUCACUUUUGAUAGAAUUGGGACACCAUACACUGAAAAUGUGCCAAUUAAAGCCUUACGAUUGAUACCAGCAGUGGCAGGCAGCCUACUUGUACCUGUGACAUAUCAGUUAAUGUUAGAAAUGUCAUGUUACCAGUGGACUGCUAUAUUAGCAGCAAUUCUUGUUCUAUUUGAAAACUGUUUCCUAGCCCAGUCCAGGUUUAUGCUCCUGGAAAGUAUCCAGAUUUUGUUUGGAUUGUGUGGCAUUUUGUGUGUGUUAAAAAGUAUCCAUAAGUCUGGUGCUGCUAGUGUGAUUUGGCUUUGUUUUGGAGCUUUAUCUCUUGGAUGUUGCUUUUCAGUGAAAUUUUCAGGGCUCUACACUUAUUAUUUGGCCAUUUUUUUAGUUGGUCGACAAAUUUGGCAACAAAUGAGCUUUCCCAAAUCUGGUUUAUAUCUUUUUCUGACAAGUGUUUGGAAAUUGUUAAUAUUAAUUAUUUUACCGUUCACCAUAUAUGUUGGUGUUUUUUAUGCUCAUUUAAUCAUGCUACCAAAAGCUGGGCCACAUGAUAGUGUUAUGACAAGUGCAUUCCAAGCAUCUCUUCAGGGAGGCCUUGCUAGCAUCACAAAGGGCCAACCUUUACAUGUAGCACAUGGAUCUCAAAUAACAUUGAGGCACACUCACGGGAGGACAUGCUGGCUGCAUUCCCAUGCGCAUGUGUAUCCGGUACGCUACGCAGACGGGCGCGGCUCCUCGCAUCAGCAGCAGGUGACCUGCUACAGCUUCAAGGACGUUAACAACUGGUGGAUAGUCAAGCGGCCCGAUCAAGUCUCGCUGGCCGUCGCCUAUCCACCCGAUGCCAUCCGGCAUGGAGAUGUUGUGCAAUUGCUGCACGGAAUCACUAGUCGGGCAUUAAAUUCUCACGACGUUGCAGCUCCAGUUUCGCCACAAUCACAGGUAAAUUUUGACAUGUAAUUUAUUUCAUGGUUUUAUGAGAUUUUUUUGUGGUUUUUAAUCUUAGGUACUUUUUAAUGUUUAAGCAUCUUUAUAUGCAAUAUUACACUAGGGUAGCUAUGGACCAAGAACACUGGAAAGUGCUGGAGAAGGCUUAUAUGAGAAAAGUACACCGAAUUGCCAGUCGUAAUUGAAGUUUGUAUAUUCAAAUUUUGAAUGUUCAGAAUAAAUAGGCUGUUACUAAAUAAAUAAUUAAAACAAGGAUAAUAAAUAUCUUGGAGUUUUUCAAAUUUUAUUCUGUAAUUUAAAUAAUUAGCGUAAUUUAAGUAAUAAAAAGUUUAUCUUUCUCUCCUUGUCUCUUCUGUGCGACGCUUACGCCACAGAGUAGCAUUUGAGGUCACAAUCCAGAAUAUGUUUAUCUCUCCCUAUCUCUAAUCAAGAUUUUAAUGUUAAAUAUUUUGGUAAAUUAUUGUGAUAUUUGACUCCAACAUUAAAUCUAGUACAAAUAGUAAUUUUUGUAUAUUGUCUGGAUCUCAUUAAUUUUAGGAAAUGAUUUUAGUGUUGUUGAUUUUUUUUUGCAUUUCAAAAGUAUAAAUAUACUAUAUGUAAUCAAUUCAAUAUCUCAUUGUUAUCCUAGCAUUAAUAGGCCAUAAUUUAAUGUUAAUAUAUUUCUUUUAUAUUAAUCUUGUUACAGGAAGUAUCUUGCUACAUCGAUUAUAACGUGUCGAUGCCAGCUCAGAACCUCUGGCGUGUGGAUAUAGUGAAUAGAGACAGUGAAGACGCUACAUGGGAUAGUAUUCGAUCCAUGGUCCGGCUCGUGCACAUAGACUCAGGCUCUGCGUUGAGGUAUAGUGGGCGUCAACUUCCAUCUUGGGGCUUUCAUCAACACGAAAUAGUUGCUGAUAAGGUACUAACACACCAGGACACCAUUUGGAAUGUAGAAGAACAUCGUUAUACUAAAGCUGAAGACAGAAAAGAAAGGGAACGAGAAAUAGUCUCAGCAGAAAUGAUACCAACGGCGGUAACACAGUUAACGUUCUGGGAAAAGUUUGCAGAGUUACAAUAUAAAAUGAUAACACACGCACCAGACGCACCUCACGGGCACAUGUUUGCAAGCGAGCCAGCAGAAUGGCCGCUGCUAGUUCGUUCUAUAGCAUACUGGCUCUCGCCUAAUUCAAAUGCCCAAAUUCAUUUGAUUGGAAAUCUAGUAACAUGGUACACAGGCACGAUCACAGUAUUCUUGUAUGGAAGUCUACUGGUUGUUUAUGCAAUACGUCAAAGGCGUGAUUGCUUUGAUCUACCUCCAAGAGUCGCACAGAAAUUCUACGAUGCAGCAUAUAUUCUUUUUUUAGGCUACUGGUUACAUUACCUGCCUUAUUUUUUUAUGGAACGCACACUUUUUCUACACCAUUACUUACCAGCUUAUAUAUUUAAAAUUCUUCUAUUGGCUUUUGUUGUAGAUCAUAUUUAUUAUGUUUUACAAUUAAAUAGGAAAUCACGCCCUCUUACGAACUUAUUUAUCUUGAGCAUAUGUAUUUGGAUGGCAUAUGUCUUCCUUACAUUUAAGAAAUUCAGUGUUCUUAACUAUGGUACCACUGAUUUGACUGAAAAUGACCUCAUGAAUCUCAGGUGGAAGGAUACCUGGGACUUCAUCCUUCAUAAAAAAGGCUGAAUUGUAUCUAGCACUAACUCAAACUGCCAUUUCAAUGUUCUUGUCAUUUCUCUCAUUCUUGUUUUUAUAAAUUUCUAUACAAUAGACUGUAAGCUGUUUUCAUGUACUGAUUGAUAAAUAAUUUUAAAAGAUUGUUGAUGAUAUUAAUAUAUUAGGAAACUCAUUUUUACCAUAUCUUCAUAAAAAAAAAAACGCUUAAAAGAAGCUAAACUGUAAGUAUUUCAUAAGAAAAUAGAAUGCCAUGCCAACUUAAUGGCUAUUUCAGUUUAUUGCAUGUUUUUUUUAUUCAGUUCUUAUGCUAAAAUUGCUGUACAGUAAAUCUGCUUACUCAUGCAUACUUCAAAACUCGUAAAGUUGGCAUAGCACUAUUUUACAUUUAUGUUUAUAUAAGCUAAUUUACAAAAAAACAGUAACAAGACAAUAGAUAAGACUUAUUGUCAUUAACUAUAAGCUACAUAUUAUAAUUCCGUCCUUAAUUCUAUUAUUUAUUAUUUUUAUAAAUAAAACAAUUUAAGUAAAAAAAAAUCAUGUUGUAUAAUUAUUACAAAUAUUUAGCGCCGGCUUGAUGCAGGUUCUACUUCCAUAGGCUGUACUGGGUGUACUGCAACAGACUCCACUUCAAGGGGUAUAACACGUUGCUUCAGUACAGCUGUAGUGCCAGGAGCAUAUCUGUAAGAACCUUGCUUUUUGCCCUGUAAAAUAAAGAAAUCACAUUAUUAGUAAUAUCUAAUUAUGAAAACAUUUAUUCUUAUUGUAAACUGUA